AUGGGACAGAGCAACAAUGUGACAGAAUUUGUCCUCCUGGGCCUUACUCGGGAUCCUGCUGAGCAAAAAGCAUUAUUUCUCAUGUUCUUCCUCAUCUACAUUGUGACGAUGGGGGGCAACCUGCUCAUUGUGAUGACGGUCAUUGUCAGCCCCUCCUUGGACUCCCCACUGUACUUCUUCCUUGCCUAUCUGUCCCUUUUGGAUGCUGUGUAUUCUACUGCCAUCUCACCAAAAUUGAUGAUCGACUUACUGUGUAAUAGGACUACUAUCUCCUUUCAAGCUUGUAUGUCUCAGCUCUUUCUAGAGCACCUACUGGGUGGUGCUGAGGUCUUCCUUCUGGUUGUCAUGGCCUACGAUCGCUAUGUGGCCAUCUGUAAGCCACUGCACUAUUUGACCAUCAUGAAUCAGAGGGUUUGCAUCCUCCUGUUGGUGGUAUCCUGGGCUGGAGGCUUUGCACAUUCUGUGGCUCAACUUCUCUUCGUUUACAACCUUCCCUUCUGUGGCCCUAAUGUCAUCGACCACUUCAUCUGUGACAUGUACCCAUUGUUAGGAUUAGCAUGCACUGACACCUACUUCCUUGGCCUCACUGUCAUUGCCAAUGGUGGAGCAAUCUGUAUUUUAGUUUUUAUUCUUCUCAUAAUCUCCUAUGGAAUCAUUCUAAUCUCACUCAAAUCUCACAGUCAGGAAGGGAGGCACAAAGCCCUGUCUACCUGCAGCUCCCAUAUCACAGUGAUUGUCCUCUUUUUUGUUCCAUGUAUUUUCAUGUAUGCCAGACCUGUUUCCAACUUUCCUAUUGAUAAAUACAUUACUGUUUUUUAUACAGUUAUCACUCCGAUUUUGAAUCCUUUAAUAUAUGCCUUAAGAAAUUCAGAGAUGAAAAAGUCUAUGGAAAAUCUAGUGUGCAAUGCAUUGGCUACAGAUAGAAUAAGAAUGUCUUCUCACUAA